CUCUUGGCUUCGUUCCCGCUGGAGUUGCGCCAAUGUCUCGGGACAGCUCCGGCACUCUCGCUCUUACUCAAGAAGACCCAGGAGCGCUGAAAACACUCGCCUACUGCGGAGUGAAUAUGCAGUGAAUCUACACUGACGCUGUCCCACACUGGCGCUCAUCAUGCUGCUGCAUGGUGUUGACUCCCGCCAGAGUUGGCUCACAGCGGCCUUCUCCAGCUGGUUCCUGUUUAUCGCGUGCAUAGGGCAGCGUGUCUUCGGCGUCAUCUACGUCGGCAUAUUGGAGACGUUCCACGUCACUAGACAGGAAGCUUCCUGGCCAAUGAGCAUCAUAGACCUGCUUGCUAGCCUCUCAAACCCAGCUUUUGGCUACCUGUGUUCCCGCUUUUCCUGCCGAUUGGUGCUUCUGUGCUGUGGAUUCGCUGGCCCACUUGGAAUCAUCCUGUGCUAUUUUGCUGCUGAUGUCACCUUCAUAACUGUCUUCUACGGAAUUCUUAAUGGUGUCAGCAUUUCUGGAACGCUGACGGCGCUCACGGUUGUCCUGGCCCAGCAUUUCGAGAAGCGACGAGCCACCGCCUACAGCGUCGUCUUCACCGUCUCUGCCUUGAACACGUUCGUGUUCCCUCCCCUCGUCGAGCUGUUUCUUUACACGUACGGGCUCUACGGGACCUUCCUCUUGCUGGGUGCCAUUUGCCUGAACACCUUCCCGGCAGCCAUCGCUAUAGCCAGCCCGGUCAAGCCACAGGCGAGAAGCGGUUCAGGGACACCCGAAGAGGCGGUCGCCCUCCGGGAUGACUGCGAACAGCGAGACCCCUUGAGGGAAGCUCUGAAAUGCUUUGCCACCCCCCGUUUCUGGGUGGACGCCAUGUCCUUCGGCGUCAUGUAUCUGGCCCUGUCGCUGUACUUGACCCUGGCCGUCGACCUGGCCAACGACAAAGGUGUGGACACGACCCGCGCUGUGUUUCUCCUGCAUGCCUUCAGUGCCGGCGACGUAGUCUUUCGUGGCGUCUCCGGAUUCGUGCUCGACUCCGGCGCCCUCAGCUCAGACGGCGUCAUGCUGCUCGGCUUCGUCCUACAAGCGUCCGCACUCGAAGUGCUGGCGUGCAGUGCCUCUUUUCCGAUGCUCGUCGUUGGCUCGCUCGUGCUGGGCAGCGGCAACGGACUGCGCAUGCCCAUCGCCGGCGUCGUUCUCAUCGGCGACUUUGGGCUCAAGCUGCUCCCCAUGGUGUUCGGCGGCUUCGCACUGGUAUGCGGCCUCAACGUAUGGGUCCGCGCGCCUCUCAUCGGCUACUACAGAGACAAGCGAGGCACGUACGAUGGCGUUCUCCACGUGGUGGGAGCCUGCUCUUUCGCUUUCGCCAUUGUCUGGACAGCGCGGAUCUACCUUCAGCGAGCCAGGCCGAAACGUCUCAGUCGGGGAAUACAAUAAACUGCCUUUCCGGAGAC